ACACGCCACUGAGUUCAGUCACUCAGGACCGAGUCUAAAUCUAACUCACACAGCAAGGAUGAGAGAAUUAUAUCUUCUGCAGCUUGAGGGAGAUUUCUAAACAUUAAUUUAGCUUUUAUCUGCUGAAUAUUCUUAAAGAAAAGCGAACAUCGAGUGAAGAUAAUCAUCAUACAGCUCAUUUUGGAUUUGUACGGCGGUUCUCAGCAUGGCCGGAGCUCUGAGCAUGGACGAAAGUCAGUACGGCAUAAAAAUGCUGGACAACGAGUUUGUGAUGGACGUCUCCUAUCAUCAAUACAUGCCCUCGUUUGAGAUUAAAACAGAGCCCUAUAUAACAGAGACAACUCACGGACCUUACUUACAGAUAAUUGAGGAGCCCAAACAAAGAGGCUUCCGGUUUCGUUAUGAGUGUGAGGGUCCAUCUCAUGGGGGUCUGCCUGGUGCUUCCAGUGAGAGGAACAGGAGGACGUAUCCCACUGUUAAGGUGUGUAACUAUGUGGGUACCGCGCGGGUCGAGGUGCAGCUCGUGACACACACCGAUCCGCCUCGUGUCCACGCGCACAGCCUCGUUGGGAAACAUUGUAACGAGAACGGAACAUGCAGCAUAGACGUGGGUCCCAAUGACCUCACAGCACAGUUCAGCAAUUUGGGUAUUCUUCAUGUCACUAAAAGAGGAGUGGGAGAUGUUCUGACAAAAAGACUGAGAGAAGAGAGAAAGAGAGCCUUGCAGCCCGGAUUCCAUUUUAGCGAUACAGAUGAGCAGUCUAUUGUACGAGAAGCAAAAGAGCUGGGCAAGAGCAUGGACCUAAACAUAGUGAGGUUAAAGUUCACAGCUUACCUUAAGGACAGCAAUGGCGGAUUCACCAGAGCUUUGAAACCAGUCAUCUCCAACCCCAUCUACGACAGCAAAUCCCCCAACGCGUCCAAUCUCAAGAUCUCGCGCAUGGAUAAGACUUGCGGCUCGGUGAUGGGAGGUGAUGAGAUCUUCCUGCUGUGCGACAAAGUUCAAAAAGAUGAUAUCGAGAUUCGUUUCUAUGAGGAGGACGAUGAUGGAGGCUGGGAAGCAUAUGGAGAUUUCUCUCCCACUGAUGUACACAAACAGUAUGCCAUAGUCUUUAAAACACCACCUUAUCACAAAGAUAUCGAGAGACCCGUCACUGUCUUUCUGCAACUCAAGAGGAAGAAGGGUGGAGACUGCAGCGAGCCCAAACAGUUCACCUACAUCCCACAAUUUCCAGAUAAAGAGGAGGUUCAGCGAAAGAGGAUGAAGUCUCUUCCGCAACCUUAUGACAGCUGGCGGGGGCCAGGGGGUCCAGGUGGAGCAGGGGGGAACAUGGGCAGAGGAGCUGGCGGCUUUGGAGGUCCUGGAGGUGGUGGAGGAGGAGGAAUAUUAGGAGGAUUCUCAUUUAAUCACCUGGAUGGGCAGGGCUUCUACGGUGGCAAUUGUGGUGGAUUUGCUGGAGGCACACAGAUGGCAGGAUCGUCUCCACAGCCGCACAAAGCCCAGGAACAGCAACCGCGUGAGACACCAGCCAGCACAUCUGCACAGCAGCAGCUCUUUCAGAUCGUUUCGGCUCUUCAGAAACAGACCACCGUAGCUGCCAAGCACAGCGCCAAGGCCCUGCUGGACUACUGCAGCACGGGGGAUGUACGCUUCCUCCUGGACAUGCAAAGACAACUUUGUGGCGUACAGGACGAGAACGGAGACACGCCCUUACACUUGGCCAUCAUCCACCAGCAGCCAACAGUGGCCUCAAAGCUUAUUCAGACCAUCUUAAACACUCCCCAAUCCAAAUUCAUCAACAAGUUCAACCACCUCAGCCAGACCCCUCUGCAUUUGGCUGUGAUCACCCAGCAGCCCAAGUUGAUGGAGAUCUUGCUAAGAGCAGGUGCAGACCCUACUUUACUGGACAGGGAUGGGCGCACAGCGGUGCAUCUGGCUGCCCAUGCCGGAGACGAGACCAUCCUGAGAGGGUUGCUGAACAUGCUAGGAGAUCGCCAUUCUCACCUGCUGAACACCGCAGACUUUUCAGGUCUCUACCCGCUGCACCUGGCUGUGAGAAAAGGAGGCGAGCGCUGCCUGCGUGUCCUGGCGGAGGCCGGUGCCAAGAUCAACAUGCCCGAACAGAAGAGCGGCUGCACGGCAUUACACCUGGCUGUCAAGGAGAACCUUUUCAAAGUGGCCCACACUCUCAUCACAGAGCUGAAGGCUGAUGUUAAUUCAUGUACAUUUGGAGGAAACAGUCCACUGCACCUGGCUGCCAGUCUGGGCUCUCCACCCCUCUGCUCCUUGCUUAUAGCAGCAGGCGCCGAUAAACAACUGGAGAACGAUGAGCCACUCUUCGGCUACUCCUCGUCAUCCGAUGAGGAAGAUCAAGGCGAAAGCAAAGAGGGGAAAGUCGAGAAGGACGUAGCCGAGCACGUACAAGAACUGUCGUUAUCACCCGAGAGAAGUCGAGUCAACCCACGCAAGAGACCAGCAGUCGGACACACUCCUUUUGACCUGGCCAACUGUCAGAAGGUUAAAGAUCUUUUGGACAAUACGAAGCCCAGUCACCAUUCAUCUAAAAAGACAAAAAAGAGUACUGAAGAUGUGAGCCAACCUCUGGACAACGAAACCGUCAAUAAGCUUAGCGAAAUCCUCAACAAAAGCCAAGUGCCAUGGAAAGACCUGGCAGAGAAACUAGGCAUGCUCACGCUGACACACUUGUACCAAGAAAGCCCCUCACCCUGCAGGAACCUUCUAGAAAACUACCAGUUAAGUGGGGGUCCAUUAGAGGGGCUGGUGGACGCACUGCAGACUCUCGGUCUAAAAGAAGGAGUCCAACUUUUAAAAGCCAGGCAACCCAGUGAAGACAAGCAGAGGACAGACACGACAGUGGACAGCGGCUUUGGCAGUCAGGAGGCGGACACUCCAGCCGUGGCUAAUGACUGAACAGUGCAGUUCUACGAAACAAACUUUGAUAUUUUAUCAUCACCUGGAUGUCAGUUUGUCCUUCCCAACCUGUCACAGUGAAGAACUGGCGAGCUGGGUUUACACACAGAUCGUUUAAGUGCUAAGAGGGACUCAGGUGAAGGUUAUGUCUGGUGCUGUAAAUGCCACGUGUAAUGUAUUCACAUUUGUGGAAAAUUAUAAGAAAGAGAUACUGAGACAUUAUUCAUCGUCAAUAUCCCAGAUGUAAUGUGCAGUUUGUAACCUUAUGGCACAGUUGUGCCCUGGUUUUCCAUUUUAUGAUUGUGUUAAUAUUCUAAUGUAUUCGAUUAUAAAUGCGUUCUUCUGUGUUGCUGACUGCUUUUGAUUUAGUGUAUUACUAAUACUGUGUAUUUAUAUGAGGUAUGUUUUUUAGCUAUGUGCCUGUGCAAUAGACUCAUGCUUGAAUGUGUUUUGAUACAUUGCACAUCUAAGUGUUUGCUUUCUGGCGGUCAUUGAAAUAAAUAUAUUUUAAAAAUA